AUGGCUCGCACGCGUGAUAGGGCCCCAGCUAGGGGUAGAUGCCGACCUCGAGGUCGUGCCAGAGCUACAGCACCAGCCCAGGACCGAGAGCAAAUUCCAGAGCCGGUGAUAGAGCCACCAGCAGCUCCAGCACAGCAGCAACCGAUGGACCCGGGACCAGCCCAGCCACCGCCCGAGCCUGUGGCAGCUCCAGAUAUACAGGCGAUGCUCGUACAGAUACUAGCUGCCAUUGGGGGUAUGCAGCAGGCCCCAGCUCCAGCCGUUCCAGUACCGCAGGUCCAGGCUACACCAGCGGCACCGGUUGUUCAGCCUGACGAUUUGGAGAGCGUCAUGCCACUACGGGAGCAGAAGAUGCUCGGGGUGAGCAUCAGAGAUCAGCUCAUAGAUCAGUUUGCUCGGUUAGAGCAGGACUCCAUGACAGUAUCAGAGUAUGAGGCCCAAUUCCAAGAGCUCUCCAGGAAUGCCGCCAUGAUAUUACCUAUUGAGGAGGAGAAGUGGACCAUGCCCGCACUAUGGAGCAGCUCCGUCGCGAGGCCCAAGGGGGUAGCGGCAAGAGAGCUAGACAGGAGGAUAGCCAUAAUAGGCGCCGUUUCAGACCCCGAGAGUCUUAUGAUAGAUCUCAGCAGAGGUUCCAGUCGGUGCCGGGGUGGUCGCCAGGGUAUACGGGGUGGUCCCCGAGGAGGCAGAUUAGGGGGCAGAGCUGAUGCACAGAGUAGGGAAGUCCAGGCCCACUUUUAUGCAGCUUCAGCUAGAGCAGAUGCUGAGACCUCGGACGAUGUGAUCACAGGCUCUACUUAUUCCUAUAUAUCUGUUUAUUGUGCUCCUCGAUUGAGUAUGAUCCCAGAGCUAUUGGUUGAGCCGUUGCGUGUUUCAACCCCGGUAGGUGAUUCUUUAGUAGUGGAUCAGACCGUUACUUUAGUCAUGCCUGGUAUUCCAUCAGUGGUGUGGCAAGGCUCUUGUAGUCGCACGCCAGUUGGGGUGAUAUCUUUAGUUCGGGCCCAGGGGUUGAUGGCUAGCGGGUGUCUGGCUUAUUUAGCUUAUGUUAGAGAUGUUAGUAGGGAGGGUCCUACCGUUGAUUCAGUACCUAUUGUUCGAGAGUUUAAAGAUGUGUUUCCUGCCGAUCUGCCUGGUCUCCCUCCUGAUCGUGACAUAGACUUUUCUAUUGAAGUAGAGUCGGGCACUAAGCCCAUUUCUAUACCACUGUACCGUAUGGCCCCCGUAGAGCUCAAGGAGCUCAGUAAGAAGGACGCAUCAGACUGGACUUACAGAGGAGAAGGAGCCGUUAACCUAGUUCUUGCAUAUAAUGGAACACGUUCUGAUCUUGUUGGAAAAGUAUUGCGGAUUCAGAAGGUACCAAGGAACGAGUCUGAAUGUGGUCAUGAUUAUUCCGGUCUAAACAAGCAGGAAUGCCUCUUGUGGGAAGAGUUUAAUGAGAUUGUAUCAGCUCCUACAAGGGAAAUUACUCAACACUAUUUUGUGCAGCACGUGAUGUGCCCAUUGUUGGGUUCUCGACAUGUUGAUGCAGGGACUAGCAUUCACGUGGCCCCAGAAUUUCUGGAAGCCGUUGAAAACAAUGUCCUCCAGCAGCGUCCUGUGUGGCGUGUUGAUGCGACAAAGGUCAAUCCCCUCUGUGAUUCUGUAAUGCUCAUGUCCGAUCUUUCAGUGUUCCCUCUUGGUAUGUGUAAAGAGGCAUGCAGCAUAUCUGUAGAAAUUAAGCCUAAGUGUGGAUUCCUUCCACAAUCAGAAUUUAUCACAGAGGAUAACGAUAUUAAGAGGAGUGUAACUCGUUUUAAAAUGCAUCAGGCUCUAAAACUGAACCAAGAAAAGAUAUCAGAGGUAAGUGCAUAUGAUCCUCUGGAUUUAUUCUCUGGAUCCAGCGACAGAGUACGCAUGGCAAUAAAAAACCUUUUAAAGACCCCACAGAAUAAUUUCCGGGUUUUCCUGGAUGGUUCUCUCAUAUUUGGGGGUUUGGGUGGUGGUGCAGACACUACUAGUAGUGAAGUUGGUGAAGCAUUUGAAAAUUUGCUCAAGAAUGUAAUUCAGGCACAAGAGGGCAUGUGGACACACUAUUUUCUAGAACUCAUCUCCAAGACAGUGUGUAGUUCAGGGUUGUUAGAUCGACUUCUUGAAGUCCAGAAGUUAGACACGAUAGACAUUGAAGGUGCAAUUCAUGCAUAUUAUAACGUUAUUUCUCAGCCUUGCAUGGUAUGUGGACAACUAGAUAAAGAUCAAUCAACAAAGAGAUAUAAUUCUCUACAUUCAAUCUCGAUGGAGGAAAGCUUGAAGAUUGUGCGGGACUACUUGAUAGCUGCAACUGCAAAGGACCUGAGUAUGAUAAUUAGUUUUAGACCUAGAGAAGCUGGUAAUGUGGAAUCCCCAUACAACAUUGUCUCCUUAGAAUCAACCAACCAAAGUUUUGACUACAAGGCAUCUUUCAUUGACCUAGACUUGAAACCUUUGAAAAGGAUGGAAUACUACUACAAGUUAGACCAACAGAUUGUCAACUGCUAUGUUCAGAUGGUAAAAUCCAAGCAUCAACUCGAUCACUCUGGAAGUACUGUGGGAGCUUGA